AUGGGGUCCGCGAAGAAAGUAAAGACGGGCCCAAGGCUGAGGAAGGUUACUCCGGUGAUUCCCCUACGAAGGCCGACCAAGAAGGCAAAAAUGGAGACCAGGGAGUUAAUUCCAAUAGGCGUUGCUUCGGAGGACAAGUCAAGGAAGAUUUCUUGUAUGCGGGAUUGGCCACCAUAUUGUGGACCCAACACAACUUCGGUGGUGCUUAAAGCUGAACCAAGCGGAGAGGAAGACCUCGAAGAAGAUCAGGAUGAAGGAGAUACCGGAGCAUCCAAGAUGGAGGGCACCGGAGUUCAAGGGCAAACAGAUAUUUGCUUGUGGUACAUUAUGUUGAGACAGGAUGAUUACCAAGGAUUUUGUGAAAGAACUUCUGUAAAUCAAUAUGGUAGGUUUGGUUUAGAAGGAGUGGUCGAAUGGCAAUCACAAUUACCUCCUCAGUUUGAUUUGCCGGACUGUACCAAUGUUGUAGGUUAUGCGGUUGUAAAUAAUUUUCUCCUCAUAUCGGUUGCGGAUUUCAAUGGUAGAAAUUCUCAUAAUGAAUUUUUCUACUGGAAUUUCUCUGGUUCUAAUUUGAAGAACAGCGAGUGGGAGAAGAUGAUCUUGUCAAAAGACCAAAAAACUAUAUACCAUCCCUUCUCUGCAAAGGCUGAGUUUAUUGAAGGUGUCAUUUAUUUCUACAAUAGAGGGUUGUAUGCAUACCGGGUUCGUUCCUGUUCUGACGAGAACAAUCUACGUAUAUCUCCUCCUCAGCUAGUUGGAUUUCCUGAGUUUGCAGCCCCACCUGGGGAUUGGUCUGACUCCAUCCAUUUCUCGUUCUGCUUUUCAUAUACGGGGAUUGGGAAAAGAUUCUGUAUCAUCAAGACUGGAGACUCAGGUUGUACUCCCGAUCAACAAUACGUGGCCGUAUGUGUAGUUGAAGUUUCUGAUGAUCUGCAGUGUCUAACUACCCUCACUUCCACAAUCUGCCCGCUCAACAUCAGUGGACUCGACAGUGACUUGAUCCUCACUUCUUGCUUUGUCAGGAUGGAAGGUCAUGCGUAUUUCGUAAGAGCAUUACAAUCAGGAGGAGGCGGCGGAGGAGGAGGAGGAGGAGGAACCAGUGCCGGUCAUGUUUAGGCACGUGCACGAUGCAGGGAAAUGUGUCGCUGAAGGAAGAUCUCUCUUCAAUGAUCAGAGCUGAAAGAGCAAUAGAGGGCAUCCAUUUCUCACGUGAAGACCCGCGAUUGUAAAUAUGUUCAGGUUCAUAUGUUUUGAUAGGAGUCUGUAGGUUGGAGUAAAAGUGAAAAUGAAACAUUCUGCCACAUUUUUCAGAUAUUGUUCAUAUUAAUGGAAGAUAAAAUUAAAUUAACACGAUUUUGUAACCUUUUUUCUUUUCUUUUCUUUCAUUUAUUUAUUUAUUUUUGUGUCGUGACAAAUAACUCAUUAUGAGAACUUGAAUCCUUCUGGGACGAUUUU